AUGGCAGGAGAGACACAAAGCCCAGAAGGGAAUCUCUCCUACACAGAUUUCAUCCUGCUUGGAUUCCCUGGGCUGCAGGAGUUUCACCCUCUCCUCUUCAUUCCGUUCUUCUGCCUUUACCUGGUGAAUGUGGUGGCGAAUUGCACUGUUAUCUACACCAUCCAGGUGGAGGAGAGCCUGCACUCCCCCAUGUACCUGCUGAUCUCCCUUCUCUCUGCUGUGGGGCUCUGCAGUACCAACGCCAUCAUGCCCCAGAUGUUGCUGGGCUUCUUGUUCCAUUCCGGCCGUGUCUCCCUGCCCGGCUGCCUGGCCCAGAUGUUUUUCAUCUACCUGAUGAUCAUAAUGGACUCCUCUGUUCUCCUGAUGAUGGCGCUGGACAGGUACGUCGCCAUCUGCAAGCCGCUGCGCUACAUAAACAUCGUGUCCAAGCGCCUGCUGGCGACGUUGACCCUCGCUGCCCUGAUCCGUGGCAUCUCCGUGGUCUGCCCCGUGGUCGUUCUAGCCUCCAGGCUGCCUUUCUGCCAGUCCAACGUCAUCCAGCAUUUUGCAUGUGAGCACAUAGCCCUGGUGAGUCUGGCCUGCAGCAGCACGUCCCGCAACAGCAUCUUGGGCAUGGUGGUGGCAGCCAUCAUCAUCAUCUUCGAUACCGUCUGUAUCCUGGCCUCGUACACCUCCAUCGUCCACACGGCCCUGCAAAUCGCCUCAGGCAGCCUACGGCGGAAAGCCUUCCACACCUGCAGCACCCAGCUGCUGGUGAUGUUCUUCAUGUACUCUUCCUUCCUCUCCUCCUCCAUCGUGUACCGGGCUGGCCAGGCCACCUCACAGGACGUGCAUAACCUGCUGAGUGCCAUCUACCUGCUACUCCCAUCCACCGUCAACCCCAUCAUCUACGGCGUGAGGACGAAAGAGAUCAAGCAGCGUGUCCUUAGUUCCUUUGGGAGAAGGCAACUCGCCAGUGCUGAGCCACAUGAGGCGUUCCCUGCUCGGGGUGACAAGGCUUUGCCCUCCACCACCAAGAAAGAGGAUCGCGGAGCUGCCGCAGAGAACAUUGGAGGAUAG